UUGAGAAUCAGAUCGCCAGGUCACGUGCAUCCCAGGGGUUCGGUCAGGCUUAACCGUAUCCGGUUAGCUACCGAGCUAGCUAAACGUUUCCCCCUUGUCCCACCUUGCCCCACCAGGCACCGUAGCGGGGCAACCGACCCAUCAUUCACCUACGGAACCCUCCUGUUACCACCUCUGGGUCCUAUCUUGCCCUGAUAACCUACGAAGCAACUCCCUCCGUUUCCCCUCUCUUUCCACCUAACUCAUCUUCUCCUCCGCGAUAGCCAUGACACACGACGAGAACAUCACUGCCGCCUCCAAGAAGCACCCGAUCGUGCCUCUUGGCGCGGGCCAAGCCUAUAACUAUGGCACUGCGGGGUUCCGGAUGAAGGCCGACUUGCUUGAGGGGAUUUCCUUCCGCGUCGGUCUACUCUCCUCGCUCCGUAGCCGGAAACAGAAUGGGCAGACCAUUGGUGUCAUGAUAACGGCGAGCCACAACCCAGCUGUCGACAAUGGAGUCAAGAUCGUGGAUCCGAUGGGCGAGAUGCUCGAGCAGGACUGGGAGAAGCUCGCAACCGACCUUGUCAACAGCCCCAGUGACGAGGAGCUGGUCGAGCGGUACAACAAGAUUGCAAGCAGCUUGAGGAUCGACUUGAGAGUCCCCGCCAAGGUUAUCUACGGCCGGGAUACCCGCCCCUCGGGCCACAAGCUCGUCACUGCCCUUGCCGACGCCCUCACGGCCACGGACACGCAAUACGUCGACUACAAGAUCCUGACGACUCCCCAGCUACACUAUCUGACCCGAGCCACCAACACCGAAGGCACUCCCCUGUCGUACGGCAAGGUGAGCGAGGCCGGAUACUACGAGAAGCUUGCCGAGGCCUUUAUCAAGGCAACGAAGAACAGGAAAAUCGAGGGAAUAUUGACGGUGGAUUGUGCCAACGGAGUCGGCGGCCCGAAGCUAUCCGAAUUCCUAAAAUAUAUCCCCAAAGACAAGGUCCAGAUUAACGUGAAGGUUGUGAACGACGAUGUGCUCCGUCCCGAAGUCCUCAACUUGGACUGCGGUGCCGACUUCGUCAAGACCAGACAACGGGCUCCGCCAUCGCCGAAACCUGUGCCAGGUGCCAGAUGUUGCUCAUUCGACGGAGAUGCCGACCGGCUAAUCUACUACUGGCACGACCCCGAAUCCGGCUUUUCCAUGCUUGACGGAGACCGCAUCUCCUCUCUCGCCGCCUCCUUUAUCGGCGACCUUGUCCAGAGUGCGGGCCUCGCUGACAUCCGCAUAGGCGUGGUCCAGACUGCCUAUGCCAACGGGGCCAGCACGACCUACAUCACCGAGCACCUGGGGCUGCCAGUAAUCUGCACCCCGACCGGCGUCAAGCACCUCCACCACGUGGCGCAGGGCUUCGACAUCGGCGUGUACUUCGAGGCCAACGGCCACGGCACGGUGCUCUUCUCGCCCGACGCGAUCCGCGCCUUCAGGGAGAAGCAGCCGCAGUCACCCGCGCAGAAGGACGCACUGGACACGCUGUCGGCGCUCGCGGAGCUGAUCAACCAGACGGUCGGCGACGCGCUCUCGGACAUGCUGAUGGUGGAGGUGAUCCUGGCGCACAAGGGCUGGACGCUGCGCGACUGGGCCAUGACGUACGAGGACCUGCCGAACCGCCUCGUGCGCGUCGAGGUCGCCGACAAGAACGUCUUCCGCACCACCGACGCCGAGCGCCGCCUCAGCCACCCCGAGGGCGCCCAGGACGCCAUCGACGCCGAGGUGCGCAAGUACAAGCGCGCCCGCGCCUUCGCCCGCGCCAGCGGCACCGAGAACGCCUGCCGCGUCUACGCCGAGGCCGCCACCCGCAGCGAGGCCGGCGAGCUGGCCGACCGCGUCGCCCGCAUCGUGCAGCAGUUCGGCUCCAAGUAGGGAGGGAUGCCGGCCACGCAGCAGCAGCAGCAGCAGAGCCACCACGACCAAUACAACCAGUACAGCAGCCAGCUGUCCCUUGGGCGCCGGGGGUCAGCGCCGCCGCCGCCGCCGGGAUACUGGGAGUGAGCAGGGGCGCUAGCAGUCAGAUUGCCAUUUAAAGGAGGCGACACGGAAGGGAAGGGGGUUGUUUUCGGUACCGGAGGGAAAAAAGCGGUUUGCCCGUGCCUGGGACUCUUCCUUGGUCCAGUUCGCCGAAGACUAACGAGACAUGACCUUUUUCUUUUUUCCCCCUUUUAUGACCAAGGGGUUUUUGGAGGGAGGGA